UUUCUUCAUUUGUACCUGCAUGACCAUGAAUUAUCCUUACGAGGACUUCCUGGACCUCUUCUUCUCUACCAAAACCAACACGCCUGUCACAGCCGCAAGCACCUCCUCUUGUGGUUAUAGCUUGAAUGAUCUUGACGUUGAUUGGGGUUGUGACUUCCGUGAUGUCAUUGAAUCCAUCAUGGGUGAUGAAGGAGUUAUAAUGGAAACUGAAUCUGCUCCAAUGCUUCAUAGCCAGGAGGGAAUUUGUAACUCUGCGUCCACGGGUUUGUCCGUGACUGAUGGGGUUAGUGUAGAGGAGCCUAAGCUAGAUGAAUCAAAGGGCUUUAGGUUGGUUCACUUACUGGUGGCUGCUGCGGAGGCAUCAACUGGAGCGAAUAAGUCUCCGGAGCUAACUCGGGUUAUACUUGCAAGGCUUAAGGACUUGGUUUCUCCGGGUGACCGAACGAACAUGGAGAGAUUAGUUGCUCACUUCACCAACGGCCUUUCAAAGUUGCUUGAACGAGACAACGUUCUACGUCCCAACAAUCAUUGUAAUGAUGUUUAUGAUCAGGCAGAUGUGAUCUCAGCCUUCCAAAUGCUGCAGAACAUGUCUCCAUAUGUCAACUUUGGUUACCUCACCACCACACAAGCUAUUCUUGAAUCUGUGAAGUAUGAACGUCGAAUCCAUAUCGUGGAUUAUGAUAUCGCUGAAGGUAUUCAGUGGCCUUCAUUGAUGCAGGCCUUGCUGUCUAGAAACACAGGCACAUCAGCCCAACAUCUAAGGAUCACGGCUUUGUCAAGGGCCACCAAUGGUAAAAAAUCUGUUGCUGCAGUCCAAGAAGCUGGGCGGCGUCUAACUGCGUUCGCCGAGUCUAUUGGCCAACCGUUUUCAUUCCACCAUUGUAAACUGGACAACGAUGCAUUCAACACUUCGUCUCUGAAGCUUGUAAGAGGAGAAGCAGUGGUGAUCAAUUGUAUGUUGCAUCUCCCUCGGUUUAGCCACAAAACACCGAAUUCCGUAAUUUCCUUCUUAUUGGAAGCUAAAACUCUAAACCCGAAACUUGUCACUCUCGUUCACGAGGAAGUUGGCCUCAUGGGAAACCAAUGUUUCCUAUAUCGUUUUAUGGACUUGCUACAUCAGUUCUCAGCCAUCUUCGAUUCUCUAGAGGCAAGCCUCUCAAUCACUAACCCGGUACGGGGCUUUGUGGACCGUGUAUUUAUCGGUCCGUGGGUUGCUAAUUGGUUGACGCGUAUCACUGCUGAUGAUUCAGAAGUCGAAAGCUUUGCUUCGUGGCCACAGUGGUUAGAGACUAAUGGGUUUGAAGCCAUGGAAGUGAGCUUCGCCAACCGUUGUCAAGCAAAGCUCCUUUUGAGCUUGUUUAACGAUGGGUAUAGUGUGGAAGAAUUGGGCCAAAACGGCCUCGUCUUGGGAUGGAAAUCUCGACGUCUUGUGUCGGCCUCUUUCUGGGCCUCGCACGAGUCGAAUCUGUAAAUUCUCGUUUUUUUUCUAAUCAUAGUACAGUCAGUGCAUGAGACAGUGUUACAAAGACAUCAAAAUAAAAUGAUAAAA